AUGGCUGCCAUCGGCUCCAUAGCAACACCAUGGCUUCUAAGAAGCGUUUUUCAAGCCUUUUCACUCUCUCACUCUCUUCCCACAAAAACACGCCUUUCCUUUUGUGGAACCUGUUUCUCUUUUCCUCUCUCUACUCCUGUUACCAGACACUCAGCUUUAGGGAUGUGUCACGUGGCUCAAGCUACAAAGGGGGAAGUUGCUGUUGCACUAAAGGGUGUAGAAGACAAAAAUGUCAUUGAAGAAGUGAAGCAUGUCCUUGACAUGGCAAGAAGGGCAUCAUUACGAAGAGAAGUUCUCCAUACAGAUUUUCUCACCCCUCCAACAUUGAAGGAAUCAUUACUUGUGCUAGAAAAACUAGCUGACAUUAAGGUCAUUGCUCAGGGAGGAUACCCACAGGCUGAGCGUUGCCGGCUUUCUGUUGGACAUCCAGAAGCACUGACAAGUGAUCCAGACAUAGUUGCAGCAUUGAGUAUAACAGGAAACUUUGGAUUUCAACCCUGUUCUCAUGGUGACUUCCUUGGUGCAAUUCUUGGUACUGGGAUUGCCAGGGACAAGCUUGGGGAUAUAAUCUUACAGGGAGAAAAAGGGGCUCAAGUCCUACUUGUUCCCGAUCUUGUGGACUAUAUUGUGUCAUCACUGGACAAGCAGGUUGGGAAUGUUUCAGUUUCGUGUACACCAAUCCCAUUGCUUGCUCUUGAAUAUGAGCCACCAAGGACUACGUCAUUUAAAACAGUGGAAGCAUCACUAAGAGUCGAUGCUCUAGCAAGUGCAGGAUUCAAGAUUUCAAGGUCAAAACUAGUUGAUUUGAUUAGUUAUGAUGCACUGCAUCUGGAUGUGAAUGGCAAUUUUGGAGGAGUUUCAAUGUUCAUUUAUGGAAAUUUUAACAAGGAUGUGCGUGUGAAUUGGACCACCAUAACAAAAAACAAUACUACAUUAAAAACUGGAGAUAUUGUCUCAGUAAGUGGAAAAGGAAGACUAAAGAUAGGAGAAAUAAAUUCUACAAAGAAAGGAAAGUUUGCAGUUGAGCUCAUUCGCUAUCUGAAGCAUGUCUUAUGUGCCGUGAAUACUGACAGAGCUUUGCAACAUUGA